CACUCUGUUGUCAUGUGACGUAUGCGGAAGUAGUAGCACCGGCCAUGAGCAGCGAAACAUUGAAAAGUUUUAUCGAGAGCUGCAGAAAAUGUCAGUUUUUACGAGAAUUUCUCUGAAGCCUGAAGUGGUCGAACAUCUACAGAGCGUCUUCUUGAACGCGGAGGUGUUGGCUGCAGUGGGUCACCAGGAGGCCGAGAGUCGUUUUCACAGGCUGCUCACAUGUCUCACACACCCGCCUUCGUACACAUGUGUUCGGGCCAGCACUCAUCUCGCCUCCCUGGAGGAGAUCAGACACAAGUUGGGAGAAGAGCUGACGAAGCAGCAGAUGUGCAGCUCGUCAGCAGAGGACGUCUCCCUUCGGAUCGUCCCUCACCCGAGAAUUCCAGAUGUGCUGCUGCUUCCUGUCGAUGGCCCACGACCCGUGAAGCAGCUCAGCUCAGAGGUGAUGGUCGGCGCUCAGUGCGGCAACGCUGUGCUGCGAGGAGCUCAUGUGUUCGCCCCGGGGAUCCUCGCCAGCCCCAAGUACAUGAAGGCUGGAGAUGUGGUUUCUGUCUUCUCUGACUUGGAGGGAAGGUGCACCCGAGGAGCCACGAGUUUCCAGGGGAAGAAGGUGUUUGUGGGAAAUGGAGUCGCUGAACUGGGCCGCUCCAGCAUCUUCUGCGCAGAUAAACCUCCAAAAGGUGUUGGUGUUCGGAUGGUGGAUCCACUUUAUCAGAGUCCUUCGUUUGAUGGUGUUCUUCCCAACCUGGCGUUCCUACAGAACCUCCCGUCUGUGGUGGUGGGACACGUGCUCGGGCCUCGUCCUGGAGAACGGAUCCUGGAUAUGUGCGCCGCACCUGGAGGGAAGACCUGUCACAUCGCUGCCCUCAUGGGGGAUCAGGGCGAGGUCAUGGCCUUGGACCGGAUCCGAAAUAAGAUCGACCGAAUUCAUCAAAAUGCCCAAAUGUUGCAAUUGCGCAGCAUCAAAGCUUUUUGCUUCAACAGCACUCAGGCUGUGAGCAGUGACCCGGCGCACGGCACCGAAGGACCACCCUUCCCUCCUGAGAGUUUUGACCGGGUUCUGUUGGACGCUCCCUGCAGCGGCCUCGGGCAGAGGCCCAACAUGGCGUGCACCUGGAGCCUCAAGGAGAUUUGUUCGUACCAGCCUCUGCAGCGCAAGUUGUUUCACGCUGCAGUGCAGCUGUUAAAGACAGGCGGGGUUCUGGUGUACAGCACCUGCACAGUGACUCUAGCAGAGAAUGAGGAGCAGGUCGCCUGGGCCCUCGCUACCUUUCCCUGCCUCACGCUUCAGCCACAGGAGCCUCACAUUGGUGCAGAAGGCAUGUUGGGAGCCGGCCUGCCACCUGAGCAGCUGCGCCUCCUCCAGAGGUUCAGUCCCGAGCUGAUCUGGGACCAGACGGAGACGACAGCUCCCCUCCCAGACAGAGCUGACAGGGACACCAUCGGCUUCUUUAUUGCCAAGUUCCUGAAAAACUGACCGGAGGGCAUAAUGUUGUCUCUCGCAGCCCUCGUGUGGGACUGCAGUCGGGAACAAUGGUGUUUAUAUUAUGACACACUGUGUGCUUUGACGCGCCCGUGUUGACAGAGACGCUCGCUGCGCUGUUUACAGCAUCUGCCUCCAAACAGCUGCUCUCUGAAACUGCGGGCCAUAUAGGGAUAAGCUUUAUAAACACCGAGGGCAGGGGAGAGGGGGAGGCACGUGGGGAUGGAGCCUGAAUGAGUAUUGGCAAAUGCGGCAGUGCUGGCGUUGCUAUGACAACAGUGACGACACAGCUGCCAUGGUGACAGCGGAUCCAGUGGAUGUGAGAGCGCGGAUCAGGAAGUAGCGUGCAGAAGGAGGUCAUCAGAGGUAUUAACAAUUUAGUGUCUUUUAGCAGACGAGCGGGACGUCUAAUUAAAACUUCUGCUGCAGAAAGAAGUGAUGCUGACGUGUAACCCUGACUCAAUGUUGGAUAUGAAUUUUAUUUUGUCACGAUAAAAACACAAUUCAAGUAAGUUUUUUGUCCCAUGAAGUUGAUGAUACUGAUGAAAUGUUGGUCCAAAUGCUCUCCAUCACUGAUAAGGUAACAUUUUUAGAAUUUAUAAGCACCAUAUGAAGUUUGGACACUAAUCACAGGUGGAGUACAAGUACAAAGUACAAAUUAGUAAAAGUCCUGCAUUUGUAAACCUAAAGCUCAAGUACAAGCACCUCAAAUUUGUACUUAAGCACAGUACUUGAGUAAGUGUACGUCAUUACUUUCUGCUAAAAGGACAUUUUAAGUGAUUAUGAAUGGCAACAUUUCUCCUGUCUCCUACGAUGUUAUAUUUUAUAUUAUUAAAACCGUGUUUUACUAUAUUAUCAUUGGUUAUCUGUUUACAUCAAAGACUGGACAACGCAUCUCCUCUUCCUCCCGCAGUAGCGAGGUCUAACUACUUGAAACCAAACUUUCGGAAAAAUAAACAAUUGAACACAAA